AUGAUCCGUCCUGUACCGUUGCGAUCGCUGUCAACCCCGUGUAGCCUUACUCUGACAUGUGGGAGAAGGUUCGCAUCAUCGAGAGCUGAAUCGCCGAUAACCCGAUCGAGAAGUGCUAAAUGGGCAAGAAGGGGGGUAAUCAUGGGAGUGGUCUUCACUGGGCUAUACGUCUAUGACAGACAAUUCAAUGCUAGCGCUAUCACCAGGAGUAUGAAAACGGCUUAUAUCGGUGUUCUAUGUACCUUGGAUUCAGAUAAAAUAGAAGCUUUGCAUGAGCGAGUAGCUGGUAGACUGAAAUGGGUGAUAGAUACGAAUCAAGGAUUGUACUUGAAACUCGGUCAAGCGUUAGGUCUGCAAGCUGCUUUACUGCCCAAACCGUAUAGAGAGGCAUUCGGACAUGUAUUCGAUCGAGCUCCAGCUGUAUCAUACGAUGAGGUGUUCCAAAAAGAUUUAUCGUUAAACCCAUUAGACAUCUUCGCGACCUUCUCCGAAAACCCUUUGGCAUCAGCUUCAAUAGCGCAAGUACACAAAGCAACGCUGAGACCCGGACCAGAUGGCGAAAGCAGAGUUGUGGCUGUGAAAGUGCAGAAACCGGCGAUUGAGAAACAGAUGGAAUGGGAUCUGUUCAGUUAUCGAUCACUCAUGUGGGCAUGUGAGAAGGUUUUUGAUAUGCCAAUGUAUUUCGUCGCCAAAUACGUAUCAUCCCAAAUGCGUCUUGAAACUUCAUUCAUCAACGAAGCGAACAACGCUAGGAAAUGCGCUGAACUACUUGCUCAAACACCAGAGCUGAGGGACGAUGUUUACGUGCCUAGGGUGUAUGGGGAAGCUGAGGGAUGCAAGGAGAGUGACAGGAUCAUGGUAAUGGAAUGGGUUGAUGGGUGCAGACUUAAUGACAAAGAACAAAUUGAGAAAUGGAAUUUAAAACCCCGAGAAGUCAUGGAUUUAGCCAUAUCGACCAUGUCAGCCAUGACUUUCUCGUGGGGUUUCAUACAUUGUGAUCCUCAUCCUGGAAACAUUCUGGUUCGACCACAUCCUACCAAAAAGGGUAAACCUCAAAUCAUUGAAGGCAUAGCAAAGAAAUGGGGUAUAGCUGUCGAUGCGAAUAUGUUCGCUUCUGCAAUUUUGCUUCGCCCUUUCCAAGUGAAUAAGAAUAAAAAGAAUGGGAAAAACGUGGUUCCAGAGAAAAGUCAAUAUGAGCAACAGGUUGAAAUUAAAGAGAGGAUGAAGAAGAUGUUGGAGAAUGAGCAGUUGAUUCCUCGGGAACUCAUCUUCCUGACUCGAUGUCAGAGGAUGAUGCAGGCUAAUAACCAAUUACUCGGCUCACCGUCAUCAAGAGUAAACUUGACCGCUAGAUGGGCAUCAAUCGGGUAUACACGAUCCUUGACAGGAUCAAGAUCGCUGAAUUCUGUCGGAUUGUCACGAUGGAUCAAAGAUAGGUUCGAUGCUUUCCUAUUCAGAUUUACACUGGGUGUGGUAGACAUCGCAUUUUGGUUCACGCUGCAAAAGCAACGCUUCUUACCUAAAGAAAAAGGAGGAUGGGAAGAAAAACUCCAAAAGCAAUUCGAAGCCAUGGCAAAAGAGGAAUUCGGAAUAGAAAUAGAUGAUACAGUUUUCUUGGGAUAA